ACAAUGUCCAGAUGGCCAGUUGCUCUGUUUCAUGAAUCGUCAAUGUGUGGACGUUGACAACAGUUCAUGUCCGACAUAUGAAGGAAAUGAAUGCGGGUUAUUCGAAGUCCUCUGCUAUGAAGGAAUCCCUAGUCUCGAGUACUGCUCGUCAGAAUGUCGUCUCGAGCCCAUUACAGUGAAUCUAGCGUUGGACGGUGAUUUCUACACUGUCACACGUGGACUUACGGACUAUGAGAUCAAAGAGGACGUGCGUAAUAUGUUUAGUUCCUUUGGGAUUUCAGUGCAGUAUAUCAGCAAUAUUAAGGUUUUACCAGGUUCAAUCAUUAUUGCCUUGGAUUUAUCACCGUUUCCCGAGAUGGACUCUUAUCUUCUAGUGAUUAAGGAACACUUUCAAAAUGGUGGAACGUUUAGUAUUAACGGCCAUGUCCUGCCAUUACUGCAUGGGAGGCUUCAUUUUGACUGGAUCGAACAUAACGUCGAAAACUACACAACGUGUCUGGAAAAUGAGGAGCUGUGCCUGGAUAGCGACGGGACUGCCUACUGCUCGAACGUAGGAUGCGUGAUCGAUGAUCCUGAGUGUAAUGGAGAAAAUGAGCUCUACUGCUUCAUGAGCAAAUCUUGCGUGAACAUGGACACCCUGUGCACAGAUGAUAAGCCGUGUCUGACGUCAGAGGUCCUCUGCCAUGAAGGAAUCCCCAGUCUCGAGUACUGCUCGUCAGAAUGUCAUCCCAAGCCUAUUACAGUGAAUCUAGCGUUGGACGGUGAUUUCUACACUGUCACACGUGGACUUACGGACUAUGAGAUCAAAGAGGACGUGCGUAAUAUGUUUAGUUCCUUUGGGAUUUCGGUGCAGUAUAUCAGCAAUAUUAAGUUUUUACCAGGUUCAAUCAUAAUUGCCUUGGAUUUAUCACCGUUUCCCGAGAUGGACUCUUAUCUCCUAGUGAUUAAGGAACACUUUCAAAAUGGCGGAACGUUUAGCAUUAACGGCCAUGUCCUGCCAUUGCUACAUGGGAGGCUUCAUUUUGACUGGAUCGAACAUAACGUCGACAACUACACAACGUGUCUGGAAAUUGAGGAGCUGUGCCUGGAUAGCGACGGGACUGCCUACUGCUCGAACGAAGGAUGUGUGAUAGAUGAUCCUGAGUGUGAUGGAGAAAAUGAGCUCUACUGCUUCAUGAGCAAAUCUUGCGUGAACAUGGACACCCUGUGCACAGAUGAUAAGCCGUGUCUGACGUCAGAGUUUGUCUGCGUGGAUGAGGGAGGGGAAACGUUCUGUUCAGAAGAACCGUGCGAUACAACAACGACAACAACGCCAACAACAACAUCAACAAAAACAACAACAACAACCGAAUCAUCCGAAAUUACUGAUCCUCCAGGGCCAGCUUCCUUUCAUGCCACCAUACGUCUGGUGUUGGAAAUACGGUACCAGAAAAUAAUAAUGCCGGCAAACACUGAUAAUGGCAGCACAGCCAUGGAAGAGUUUAAAUCUCGAAUGCGUGCGCAACUCGAGGAGCAGGUGUUCCGCACGGUGCAGUUCGACGCGAUAGGUGUAACCGCUCAACCAGGAGACCCAGAUGGGGACACAAUCGCGCUGUACAUAAAGGGACGACAUCCGCCGGAAGAAGGCAUUCAGAAUCUCAUCAUGGAAAAACUGGGAGUCGCGAAGUUAUAUGGAGAGCAUGGGGACAGUAUCGGCAUAAGAUUAGAUGGAAUAUCUUAUGCUAAAGUAUUUGACGAAGUACCGAAUACCUUCUUCGUGCUGCCCGAUCCGAUAGUCAGAGAUCAGGAAUAUAGCUUUAUGCUGUCGGACAUUUUGCCGACUGACAUAACGGACAUUCCUUCCGAACUCGAUAUCGACUGCGGCGAAAACUCUGUUGAAUUUAAAAAUACAGAAGGGGAGUUCGAAGACGAGGCUAACGUGUUAACAAGUACUCCUAUUAUAAUGAGGCAUACCCGGACCGAUGUAACGCACCAGACCUGCUUUAUAACAGACCCGACUUCACCCGAAAACUUGGAUGUACGAGCAUUUGUGUUUCUGACUGUUCCUCAAACAUUAGACGCACUUGCAAGUGAUGUAGAAAUACUGCUGAACAAAGAACAGAUUGAUUUGGAAGAGGACAGCGGCUGCACAGGUUUUCCAGAAGAUUUGUUCAGUUUUCAAACCCCGGUUGAUGAAAUCAUCACCGUAAAUGAAAAUUGGCACUUAGACCAAAUAAGUGAUGAAAUGAUAUUGAAAGCCAAACAGGGCGUUGGAAAUAUCAUUGAAGCAAUAACUAAGAGGGCUUUCAUGGAGAAGAUACGAGCGGUUAAUAGAACUAGUGUCGGAGUUGACAUUUCAAGGGCAUCUCUGUUAACUGAGAGACAGCAAAUGAAGGCAAAGUUACGUUUAGAUUCAAGGGAUGUAGAAGAUUCAGGCUUCAGAGAAACUCACAUUUACAGCCGACCACAGUCACUUAAAAUUUGCCCUAGUAAAGAUUUCAGUGGAAGCUUCAUUCUUAACAUUGGGGAUGGAAAAUUUCUACUUGAUGUGACGGUACUUCCGACCCCUGAUCGCCCACACAGGAUCCCUUCAGUUGCAGAUAUAGAUAUCCACAAUGUAUUUGCCUAUCCUAUGGUCCCCAGUGCAAUAGCAGAACCUGAAGUUCCCGUGUUUUCCGUUGGUGAAAUUGCAUCAAACCUUUUCUUUGAUACGGACAGCGAUAGCAGUCUUGGUCUCGCCUUCUUUGGAUAUCUGCCAUCCGAAAUAGGAGGUCGAUGGGAAUACAGUUCUGACGAGGAAACGUGGAUCGCCUUUGCUGAAGUACAACCACCUUCAUCAAGAUCGGAGCUUAGGGACGUUAUCACGCUAGGAUCAAGUUAUUUCUUUCGAUUUACUCCAGACGAAACGAGUCGACCUCUGACUUGGACAUCUCGCACAGGCCCACAAAUAGUUCUUGCUGCAUUUGAUGCCCCGCUUACCUACGCGACGAGCGUAUCUACAAAUAUUCACCACACAGUCACAAUUGAGCAGUGCAAAAUGCUGGAUAAUAAUUAUAUUGGAAGUUUCUGCACGUCUUCUGAAGAUGUUGCUAUGUCAAAGGCUAUUGUAGUAUUAAAACUACCAAGAACAGGAUGUGACAGCAUUGUAAACUCUGGAAAAACAUUGGGUGUCUGCGGAUGUGGUGACGAGUUAGGGUGUCUUGAUUGUAAUGGACAACCGAAUGGAGAGGCUAAAUACGACAUUUGUGGACGCUGUGUACAGCCCGGAGAUGCCCUGAACCGUAUCGACUGUAGCCUUCAAGAGUGCCUGGAUAAACAUACCGAAUACUGUGAAUUAAUGCAAGAAAAAGAGGAGUUGUUGACCAGUUUUUGUGAGGUUGGCCAUAAACAGAGUUUAUUCUACGACCCUACCAAACCACUAUGCAAUGCUAAAUGCAUUCCUGAGACUGAGCCGGAUACGGCACCGCGGGACGACUGCGAUAUCCCCUGUGGGCUUAAUGAGUGUGUGGAUUGUGAGGGAAUACCUAAUGGCGGGAAGGUUUUGAACCUUUGUGGACAAUGUAAAGACUCGGCGCUUGUAAACGAAGGUUGUGCACAGAGCGUUGGAGACAUCUCCCCACGAUUUGCUUACCAAGCUGACGACAUAGUACUAAAUAUCAGAGCAAAUGGUUUGACUCAAGCAGAGCCAAUCUGCCAGCUACUGGUGAAUGGCAUAGAAACAACUGCACCGACAGUACUUUCGCACGACUAUCAGUUCGAUAACAACAAUGUGCUUACAGGCAUCAAACUUGCCGUUAAUGCAACUGGGACCAGCGGCCAGUUUGCCGUAGAAUGUGAGGGUGUCUCAACGGCAGACCAUGACGAAUUUUUCCAAGUGAUACAACAACCGCAACUUACAGGAAUAUCUCCUGAUAGUGCAGACAUUGAUCAACUUGGCGAUGUUACUAUCACAGGCAGUAGCCUUUUGUUGGUCCAAAAUAUAUAUUGUGUGGCAAAUAUGUACAACAGUGACACAGACGCUUCCUUUAGAACUGUAAAGGCUGUUUUGGGAGUUGACGGGGAUACAAUCAAAUGUUCAAUGAAAGAUCUGCUUGGCCCAGUACGGAGGGGGAAAACGUUCAAAGUCGGAGUCACACUUAUGGAACCCAGCACAGCUCUUAUGAAAAGAGUUGAUUCGUUUGUGGAGUUCACUGUUGUGAUGCCGGCACCAUCUGUUGUAUCGGCAGUACUAGAUACGUCGGGAUGCAACAAAAUCAAACUGACAUUUGACCAACCCAUUAGUAAAGGUGUUGAUGAACAGUGUGCAAACUAUUUGUCAUCAACAACACUUUCUGACUUAUCCUUAACAGAUUCAGUCUGUAUGGUGUAUGGCAAUACUUUGGUAAUGAAAUAUGCAACAGUGAUCCCAGACGGCAGCGUACUGACAUUAAAGGAAAAUGCGAUUGCACACGCUUUCGAAUUUAAUACCGAGAAUAUCCACUAUGCCUCUGGUCAAGUAACAUUGCAGGCAGAUACAUCUGGAGAGGGCACUCCAGAUGUUCUCAUUUUGCGCGAUAGAAUUCCAGACGUUGUGGGUUGCACCGAUGUUGCCAUAGUUCUCCGAGUUUCGAAUGCCGGUUGUUGGAACCCGACAUAUUCUUGGACAAUUACAGUCGAAAACCAGGAUACCGCGACGGAAGAGGUUACAGCAUCUAUUGCUCAGCUUGAGGAGGCAUCCAGAAAGAAUGUCUUUGUUAUAAAUGCUACAAUGAUGGUAGACAAUAUCCUGUACAGUUUUACUGUGACAUGGGAAGCCGGGCCACACAGCGGAACCGAUACCGUCAACAUCAGACGUGAUGCAAGUUUGGAGGCUAUGGUCAAUAUAUACGGUGUACAGCAGGGCGAUUUGGUAGACGCUGAUUCAAGAAUACCACUUUCCUGUGACUUGGAAACUUGUGUAGAAGUGAAUGGGAUAGAAUACGAAUGGUCAGUUGACCCCGUGUACGUUAUUCCUGACAAUGCCCAGAAAAGACGACCCGUUAUUCCAUCAGGAUGGCUUAAGUAUGAUACUGAGCAUGAAGUUACAUGCAAAGUCAAGUACUCUGGCCAAGACAUUUCAACAAGUGUGACGUUCACCACUAAACCGAAAUCCCUUGAACCAAGGAUUACUGUCAGUGGCCAAGCGAUACAUUCCCCUUCCAUUGAACAUACAUUUGCCGAAGAUUUGCAACUUGGAUGUAUGGAUCUCGAGGAUGCUAUGAACACUGAGAAUCUAAACUGCAUCUAUAUGUGUGAGAAUAAUCUGUAUGGAGAAGAAACGUUUCUACCGUGUAGGGAACUUGUCAACGGACAAGUAGAGGACGUUGUACGCGAUGGACUCUCUGCUGUGGUUCCGGCAAACGACAGAAUCAAACCAUCGGACAGGGAUCUUAAGGAAAAAUGGACGCUUACCUUACAACGAGGAAAAUCGACGAAGUCUACAACGUUGGAAAUUCAGUAUAAAUCGGUUCCAAUUGUGGUCAAAGCCCCCGUCAUUAAUGUAAAAGACAAUGUGUUAGCCGUGAAGUCAUCGGAUGAGACCCUGACGAUCAAAGCGAGAUGCAAGCAAAUGAAGAAAUAUGUUUGGAAUCCCGAAUCUGCUAAAGACAAUGCAGAUCUGUCAUUGAUGCCAUUGCAUGAAUCGGAUCUCCUCGACGGAAGACUAGAACGUGCAUUGCAGUAUGAUGAGAUGCUAUCCUUUCCGUGUGGAAUCGAAAUAGACCUUACCCGAUUUUCCCUUGUUCCUGGUGAGCAAUAUGGGCUUGUAAUUGAGGGAUAUAAUGUACAGGAUGGUUAUCAGCUAACAGCAAGAGAGCUAAUUAGAAUUAGCGUGGUGUCGGUGCCAAUUGCUGGCUCAAUCGAGAUUUUUUACGAUGGUAACGAGUUGAGGGCUUUGUCCACACCCAUCACCAUACAGUUGCACAACUGGUGGGAUGACCUUGACGGCGAUGACCUUCGGUGCUGGUUCUACUAUUUUGCCGAAGGCGGGGUGGAGCAGGAUGCGAUUAAACUAAACCCACACCCAAAUUCCUUGCUGCAAGGGUUAAAGGACUUUACUUUGCCAGAAGGUAAUUUCAAAGUGGGUGCAAGAUGCUGCAACUCAUACAGGAUGUGCUCUAGUGCAUUGACAGAAACAACUUUAAGCGUCACAGCGAUUGAAUCACAAAAUAUUGUUACUAUAGUUUUCGAUUUGGGGAAACUUGUGAUCAACGGUGGCUCCGAUGACAUAUUAACCUUAUUGCUGAAUGUUGCAAAAGCCUUCCUUGACCUCUCAUCCAACGACUUGACAUUGGAAGAAAGCGAGCAAACAGAUCAAGUGUUAACUGAUGCCUCAAAUGAUGCAAUUACAGAUGCGCUGGAAGAUGUAGAGGAUGAUAUCGAGUAUGGGUUUGAAGUUCUUGGGUCGUCUUCAGCUGUUGUGAAGCAAAAUCCAGCCGCCAUCAGCUCGGAGACAAAAGAUUCAAUUAUGAGGACCGGAAGCGAACUCGGGAGGCGUAGGACAGGACAAUCAGUAAACCGGAGGCGGAAAAGGCGAUCAACCGAAUGUCAAGAAUAUUCCAAUCCUUCAGGAAUCCAGCAAACACAGGCUGUUACCCUCCUUGAAGCGUAUGAUGUGACAAUAUCAGAAACAACGAUGUCUAGCGUGGAGGCAAAUCUUUACUUGAACCUUAUUGAAAACAUAAUGAUUGGAAUGUGCCAGGCUUUUAGCGGACUCGAUGCAUGGACCGCCCCGGCAGAAAAAGCUUAUGUGAGAGUUCACACAACGGACAUGUCCAUCAUUGGAACUGGAGAUGUUCUUGUGAGCUGCGCAAACUGUGCUGAGGUGACUCAUCCUGCCAAGGUACAGUACGGUGGUUUCAUCAAAGACUUCUUCAACGAUACAUGGGCAUGCGCGCCCGAUGCCAUCUGCAAUGACGUCUGCAUCGCUUCCGUUCAGCUCAAUGUAGACACCGUCUCACUGACCGCUCCGGUUGAAAUUGUUCCGCCGACGCGCAAAAGUGAUCUGGUUAUUCUUAAAUUCAUCAAUCCCGAAACUUAUUGCGAAGUUGACCUACCAACGAUGGAUAGUCCUUUACAAGUUAAAUUAACACUUGAAGGACCUAUUGAUACUGAGCUUAACAAUUAUAAGUGUCUGAUGUGGUUGAAUGACGAUUGGCUCGGUGGAAAGUGUACGGAGACAGACCCAACCUUCGAUAGUGACACUGGUAUGAACAUCACAACCUGCACGUGCAACGCUGUCGGAAUUAUCGGCGUCUUUGAAAUCCUUAAAACAGAGGACACAACUGACAUGAGCAGCACAACAGCUACAAACUCCGCUGAACAAACAACGGUCGUGCCUUCAAAAAGCAUUCAGUUUUCAACCGACUUCCUGCUCAUUGUGUUCACGUUUACGAAUAACUUUGAUGUGAUCACGUCGAUGUCCGAGUUCAAAGACAACCUCAAACAACAAAUUUAUAGCCAAACUGGGGUACCUGUUGGCAGCAUUCAAAACUUAGAACUCAAACAAGGGUCAAUCAUUGUAUCGUUCGAGCUUAUCGAGAGCUCUGGUUCAAAAACUCUCGGCCAGAUGGCUUACACAUUGGAAACAACGUUCACAAGCAACUCCGUCUCCUUCACCUCACCCGAUGGCCAGGCACUUACAUUCAAGACGGGAAGCUUCGCUUACACCGAGAAAAGCUUGGACGAUGAAAACGAUGAUGACGACGACAGCAACGGCAAAGGGUCGAAGAACCUAUUAUUAAUCAUAGGUGGUGUGCUUGGAGGUCUGAUCAUCAUUGGUGUUGUAGUGGUGGUUGUGGUACUGAUCAUUAAGCACAACAACAACAAGAGGACUUACCCUGUCCAGCAUCAUGUAGCUGCCCCACACCAGUCUAACCUCUAUGGUUCGGACCCAGCGCCCCCUACCUACAGCGCAGUUCCACCUCCCCCAGCUUACUACAACCCACCGGCAACCAACAAGUGGGUGGAGAACGAAAUCGAUGUUAAACAAGAUGGCAGGGCCGCUAGUGAUCUGAGCAAUAGGAGCUCCAGCUCCUUUGAGAAGCGACUGCAACGAAAGGCCAAUGAGCAAACACCGGUUGGCUAAUAGACGACUCCUCUUUAUGGACCUCGUAGUGUGUGUUGGUGAACACAGUUAAUCAGUUUAGAAUAAUAAUUGAAACUUACAAUCGGAACUUUUUCAACAAGAACUUAAAAAGUUUAAUAAGGCUAUCUGCGAUGGAUAUAACCAUAUACAAGGCCAAUGAAUGUACAUGUAAUAUCUCUUAUCGAAACGUUUAAUGUCGUAAUAACUGAAUUGCUCCUAUCGAACUAUGUGCCCAACAUACGACCUCCUUACGAUUCGGAAACAAUAAACGGACUAUGAGCAAGCCAAUGAUCAUUACAGAAAAUUCUCGAUAUAACAACACUGGCAUCAGAAAGCUUGACAUUAUCUAGGUUACCGAAUGUGUACAAGCAUUAUGCAUCUCCCAAUUUGAAAUCUAAACAUAAGUAUAUUUUUUAGUUUCGCCAUUAAAUAUAAUCCUUUCACGAUUUUGAAAAACUUCAAAGUCAAAAUGAAAAAAAAAAUAGUAUAAAACUCUAUUCAAUGAUUUUCCUGUUGUGAAAUUGGAGCAAAUCAAUUUUAUUUUGAUUUUUUUAUGCUUAGAUCUUUUGUUGUGUAAAUCAAAAAAAUCGUCUGCUUGGUGCAAUGGUCAUAAAUGCAUGUAGGCAAACACCUUUUAAAAAUAGGAUUAACUGUGGGAAAUAAUGAGGUUUCUUAUACUUUUUAAGUAUUUUGUCAGUACCAUUAUUGUAAAGUUAAUUUAAAAUAAAUGAGAAGCACGAAUGAGAAACAUAUUAUAUUUUUGUUCAUCUAUGGAGGCAAAUAUCUAGAAACAGCACUGAAGUUGAGUGAGUUUUUUUCACCAAUUAAACUAAUUCUUGUGUCAAGCAGACGAAAUAAACAAUAUUGUUGAGUGUUGAUAUUUAAAACUGUGUCUUAGUUCUUUUUUUCCAAUCGACCUUAUUCACGAAUACGUUUUCUUUCACAUUAAAAACAAAAACACAAAAAGCAUUCUACUCUUCACAAACAUCUCAUUAUUUACCUUUUAAAGUGAACAUUAAUAAUAACAACACGCGAAAACAAUUGUAAUUAAUGUAUUAUUAAUGUCGGAAACAAUUUCUUAAUACGGGAUAAUAGACAACACAUCGCAUGGGAUUUAGUCAAAUUGUGGACAGUGGACAAUGAAGAGUUAAUAUACUUUAUACGCAAACAUCUGAAAUACACAUGUACAUCUAUAAUUGAAACAGAAUAUGAAAUUGAAACAAAAUUCAUUUUUGUUUGUAUUUCAUUGCAACGAAUAAAGAUGAUUUCGAUCACAUGACAUAUUCGUUGACAGAACUAUUUUUAUCAUUUUCGGUUCAAAGUUUAACCCCAAUCUUGUUUAGCAAAACGAACUUAGCGUCAAGUUAUAUAACAUUAGUGAAAUAUAAUGUACAUAAUGGUUGUAUAAAACUGUAAACAGGGAACGUUAUGUGAUAAAGAACUGUAUGUUUCAAUGAGUUAUGUUAAAAUCAGAACUGCCACAUGUAUUCAAUGUAUAAAUACCAAAAAGUGUGUAUGAAUUUUUGAGGCUGGAUUACCCUAAAAUAUGUUGGUAUCAUUUGAAAGAUUUAAAUAUUAUUAUAAGAUUCUUCUAGGCGGCCGAUUUAUGCCCAAUUUCAAAAAGACAAACUACAAAAACUGUAUGCAUAAUGAUGUAUUGGUGACUUAGUUGAUAUGUAAAAAUAAUCAACAGGCCAAUUGCCUUCAAAUGAUACCAAACAUAUGUGGGUCAUAAGCAAACAGCUCAAUUAAGGCUAACAGUUGCUCGUGUUUGUUAACUGUUUUGUUUUAUAUCCGUGUUACAUCUCAGAGAUGGAAACCUUAUUGCAAAUGUUAGGCGCAGACAACUAUAGUUAGCCGUAACUGAACUGACGAUCGCUCGAUAUGAUGACGAAUGUAUUUCUACAUUAGAUACAUCAAAGUGACUGUGUUGUUAUCAACCUUACAUUGUGUAUUCACCUUCAUCGUUUUAUUACUUUUAGUUUUCUAUUCCAAUACGUUCAUUCGAAUAAACUUUUAAACUCUU